GGUGUGUGUGCAGGUGUGACACUGGAAAGGGUUCCGUCAGCGUUACCACUGUUGUCUGUCACUAUGUAAUUAGAGUACGUUAACAUUCCCCCUUAAGGGAAAGCCAUACGUAAGGCAACGCUGCAAACUCAGUUUUCCUCUUUCAGAAGGAGAUGUGUUAGGGCCAGUUGCCGCUUAUCUAAACAGAUUUUACACACAUAGUUAUUUUUCCUCCGCGAAGGAGUCCCCCCCUAAUGACGCAACGCUUGACAUUAUGCCACUUAAGGAUUGUGUCACUCCGGGGCAUAUCCUGACGAUUUGGUUGCUUCACGACUCACCAAAUAUCUUCAAUGACUGAAGGAUGAAAUUCACGUUUUACUGAUCAGAAGGUUCUCGGAAGAUGGGCAAAGUUCACCAAACAAGUAACGCUACAGUCUGGACACAUUUGCCGAAAACCUGGGGUCAAGCGUACCGAUGUUUGAUAACAUCAAUCAUCGCGGUUAUAUUGCUGCCCUGCGUGUUAAGUUUACGAUCGCGAAUGGUACCACCCGGUCACGAAAUACUACUAGCAAGGGAUUCAGUCAAAGAAAGCCGCAAAGUGCUCACCCUUGAUGGGCAGGAAUGUAAGUUUCCGUUCCGGCUAGGAGGGGCCAUUCACCACCAGUGCCUCUCCCUCAGUUCCCCCUGGCCUUGGUGCUCUCUCACACACAACUAUGACCGCGAUCGCCAGUGGGGAUACUGCACUGCCGAGAAUGAGCAUCCCAACGAGAUAAGUCCCUUCCCCAGACGAGAACCAGAUAUGUGCGUGGGGAACCCGUGCUGGAACGGUGGCCUGUGCACACAGGUUCGGCACAAACGCACGUUUGAGUGCACCUGUCCAGAGGGAUACACUGGGAGAAGGUGUGAAGAGAGGAAGUGCUUUGAGGAGACGCACCUGCGCCACUACGACUCCGAGGAAGCCUGGGGGCGGAUCUCCAACCGGAAGGUGGAGCAGUGCACGUGCCUGGACGGCAAAGCGCUCUGUGAGCGUACACGUUACACAGCCUGCUCGUGGAACCCGUGUGAGAAUGAGGGGACGUGUCGAGUGAUUGAAGCCACAGGGGAGGAGGUGUGUGCUUGCCAGCCGGGAUACAGUGGACCUUUCUGCAGCAUUGUCCCCGACUCGCGGUGUUAUGAGGGCAAUGGGACGGACUACAGGGGCACCUCCAACACCUCCAGCUCCGGCUCUCACUGCCUGCCCUGGAACUCUGACCUGCUGUUCGACGAGCUCAGCCUGGACGUGGCCAGGGACAAGGACCUCAAAGGACUUGGGGAACACGCCUUCUGCAGGAACCCUGACAAGGACAGCAUGCCGUGGUGUUACAUGAUGCAAGAUGGAGCCGUGUCCUGGGAAUACUGUGACAUUCCUGCCUGCUCCAGGCGCCCUCCGUCCACACGGAAAGAAGUCUCUCCACCCCGUGACAAACCGUCACGACCCGUCCGACCUGUCCGACCCAUUCAACCCAUCCGACCCAUCCGCCCUGUUCGACCCAACAAGUGCGGGACGCGGCACCAGAAGCGGAUCCCGCGGGCUCGGAUCCUGGGGGGCAGCAUGGCUCUGCCUGGCUCGCACCCCUGGAUGGCAGCCAUUUACAUCGGGGAGGAGUUCUGUGGGGGCACCAUGGUACAUGCCUGCUGGGUGGUGUCAGCCGCCCACUGCUUCUACCGCAAUCCUAAGUUGUCUGACGUAAGAGUGGUCCUUGGCCAGCACGCCUAUAAUGAUACAGGCACCAACACCCGGAGCUUCGGUGUAGAAAAAUAUGUCUUCCCAGACCGAUACAGCCAGUUUAACCCCACCCAGCAUGACAUUGUGCUGUUGAAGCUGAAGAAGAAAGAUGGCCGCUGUGCCCGCAGGAGUCAGUUCAUUCGGCCCAUCUGCCUGCCAGAGAAGAACACCACCUUCCCUGACUUCUACUGCUGCCAGAUCACAGGCUGGGGGCACAUGCAGGAGAAGGGAACAACGUAUUCCCGCCUGACGGAGGGCCUGGUUGGGAUCAUCCCAUUCGACCGGUGCUCCCGCCCGGACAUCUACGGCCCUGAGCUCCGGCCCGGAAUGCUUUGUGCCGGGAACAACGGCUGCGUGGACGCCUGCCAGGGAGACUCAGGUGGUCCGUUGGCUUGUGUGAGAGAUGGGGUCAGCAUCCUGUAUGGCGUGAUCAGCUGGGGAGAUGGCUGCGGUCGUAAGAACAAGCCUGGCGUCUACACCAAAGUGCCCGACUACGUCGACUGGAUCACCUCAGUCAUCCGAUCCCGGACCUAACACAGUUGGACACGGACCUUUCUCGAAGAACCAGCGCUUCCAGUUUCCACACGCAGUGCUGGUCAGAACACAUCUAUGUGGACAUCUGAUUGUGUGACGUUGGAGACAUGUCGUUUGGCUCAACGUAGACCCAUGUUGAGGUCGUGCGUAGACGUGCUUGAAGAGGAAAUGGUUCUUCAAAAAACAUAUAUGGGCCAAAUCUGUUCAGUAGUCUGGAUAUUUGGCUUGGUGCUCACACAGGAAUUAAGGACUUUUUUAUUUUUUAUUUCUUGAAGGGAACAGAGGGAGUUUUUAUAGACUCAUUUUUACAACCCAGCUGUGAAUGAAAUGUAUGUUUUCUUCAUGUUUACUAUACAAUAAAUAUUUCCAAAGAAACA